CAUAUUAAGUGUAUGUUAUAAGAUGCAACACAAAUGAAAAAUUGCAUAAACUAUACAUUUGUUUAGUUUGGAUGCCUCCGCCCUAUACUCCAACAUUCGGGCUUUGGAAAAUCCAUGCAGCAACACGCAUUGCACAGAACUACAGAAGGCAAUAUCGGACAUUUUUCCGAGUGCCCCCUGCGUUGGAUCAUCAUUCGUGGGGCUGAUUGACUUGGACCCCAAACUUUUACUCCAUUCCUCUUAAACCCUCUCGCGGCUGCCCGAAUCCAACUUCCUUCUUUGAAGCCUCUAUUUGGCAUGUACAAAAUUGAGGAAAAUUAUGGACUCUGGCAUGGAAUUCAGUUCCAGAUCACAUGGAUGGAUAUACAAAGACAAUAUACAACCAUUUCUCACAGUAAAAACUAUUCUGACGCUGGAACCUGUAGGUGAUUAUAGUGUAUUUAUGUGUUGUGGUCACCAUGGAUCCUAUAAACUUGGAUUUUGGAAGAAUGGCCAACGUUUUCAUGAGUACAAAUAGAUGCUUUUGAGAGUGAUGUAUGCUACAAAGACAUUGUAUCUCAUCGAAACCAGCUCUAUGCAUCAUGCAAACUGGAUCCAUUGUUACUUGGGCUUUACAAGGUGGUUGUUCUAGAAAAAGAAUCACCUUUGUUACAACCUUUCCAGGGAAAACCAUGGAACAAUGGACAGUCGUGGCCAUUCUGUUGGCUUGUUCCUUAUCAUUGUUGAUUAGAAGCAAUGGAUAUCUGUCUGUUUUGGAGGAGCUAAAACAAGGAAAAGCAAAGUCAGCACCAGCUCUCAAAUAGUGCAUGGCUCACAACAUUGUGGAUAGUACCUUUGGAAUCUACAACACAUGUUAUGGUGGGUCAUAAAAUUGAUCGACUAAUAGAGAAAAAAGACCUUUUUUUUAAUCAACAGCAUAUAUUUUAUUCAACAUAGAGAAAAAGGACUUGUUCAAGCAAGUUGUACUUUCUCAUUGAAACUCCUUCAAAUUUGAGAAUACAUGUCUUGAUUUUCA